AUAUUCUGCUACCCUGGAUGUGGGUUCAAUUACGGCUCAAUUUUGGAUUGCUUACAGCAUGCAGCGUUGCUAGUGUGGGACGGCGGCUACAGCCCUGGGUCGUAGCGUCAUUGAGCAUUGCUUUGCCUUUGGGUACUGCCCUAAUAGGCGUGUUGCUGCCAGGUUGCAGCGGUUCGUAAGAGGUGAUUGCGGGAUGGACGUGAGGAGGAUAUUGCGAUGCUCAGGGGUUUUAAGCAACGCAGACCAUGUUGCAAGCCUUUUUGUACGGAGUGUUCCGGUGGCUGGAUUGAAGUACUUCAAGCCUCCUGCAGAUUACAGUGACAUGAAGAUACCUGAGAGACCCAAACUAUGGAUGCUACCCAAAGUACCACAAUUUCCUCCUGGUAUGCGGAUCCCGAAAUCACAAAAGAGGCUGAUUGACAUGAGAGGUCCAGAAACUGUACACAACCAGCUUCUGCACAAGCAGUAUGGGAUCAUAGCACUGACAGGAGGAAAGCUGAAGCAUGGCCACAUGGAAAUGAUCCGUAUGACUCUUGGUAGACGCAUAGAUGUGAAGAGGAUGUUCGCAGUGUGGCGAGUUGAUGCUGUAUGGAAGCCUGUGACAAAACGAGGCCAGGGAAAACGGAUGGGUGGUGGGAAGGGUGCAAUUGACCACUAUGUGUCCCCGGUCCGAGCAGGACGAGUGAUAGUAGAGCUGGCUGGUGCCUGCGAUUUUGAAGAGUGCAAGCCAGCCCUGCAGGAGGUGGCUGGAAAGCUGCCAUUCAAAGCAGAAGUGGUUAGCCAUGAAAUUCUGCAGAAAAAGCAAGAACUUGAAAGAUGGCAAGAGGCAAACAACAACAACCCAUACACAUAUGAGUAUCUGGUCCAGAACAACAUGACAGGAUGUCACAGGUGGUGUUCCAAGUAUGACAAGAUUUGGUUUGGCAAAUAUCAGUGACAGUUGUGCCAGAUAUCAGCAUGUUGUGCUAGACAUCCCAAGUUUCUAGCUUGUUUUGUCAGCUGAUUGGGAAUGCCUGGAAUAAAUAAAAGCUUUA